AUGGCUCCCGAACUGUCAGAAAAGCCCGACGAGGCUACCGUCGCUAGCCAGUCAAAACCCGCCUCCAGUCAUGGGGACUCUACUGAAACCGCAGGUCAGGGCGAAGACGGCAAACGCUCGCGCAGUCCGACUGCGUUGGAGAAGGCUGAUUCCAAGGUUAUCAUCCCCCAAAAGGAGACGGACGAGGAGGCCAUCUUCAAGAAACUCCCUCCCGAGGAGGCUUCAAUCCUCAAGAGACAGGUUCUUACUCCGGAGGUCAAGGUGGGCAUCGCCACGUUAUACCGCUAUGCCUCCCGGAACGAUCUUCUCAUCAUUGCCGUUUCUACCGUCUGUGCCAUCGCCGCAGGUGCCGCUCUACCGCUCAUGACAGUCGUCUUUGGAAAUCUCCAGGGCACCUUCCAGGGCAUCUACCUCAAAACCAUGACGUACGACGAGUUCAUGUCCGAAAUGACACACCUGGUCUUGUACUUCAUCUACCUGGCCAUUGGAGAGUUUGUCACCACCUACAUCUCCACCGUCGGCUUCAUCUACACUGGCGAACACAUCAGCGGCAAGAUCCGUGAGCACUAUCUGGAAAGCUGUAUGCGCCAAAACAUCGGUUUCUUCGACAAGCUCGGUGCUGGAGAGGUUACGACUCGCAUUACGGCCGACACCAAUCUUGUCCAGGAAGGCAUUUCUGAGAAAGUCGCCUUGACAAUCGCCGCCGCCGCGACCUUUGUGGCUGCCUUUGUCAUCGGUUUCGUCGAGUACUGGAAGCUGACCCUGAUCCUCUUUUCGACCGUGGUGGCACUGGUCCUGGUCAUGGGUGGCGGCUCCAGUUUCAUUGUCAAGUAUAGCAAAUCGUCCGUCUUUGCUUAUGCGCAAGGCGGUAGUGUCGCCGAGGAAGUCAUCAGCUCGAUCCGGAACGCCGUCGCUUUUGGGACCCAGGACCGGCUCGCCAAGCAAUACGAUGUUCACCUAGCCAAAGCCGAGAAGUACGGAUACAAGGUCAAGGGCGCAAUCGGCGUCAUGGUCGCCGGUAUGAUGCUGGUCCUGUACCUGAAUUAUGGUCUCGCCUUCUGGAUGGGCAGUCGCUUCCUGCUCGACAACGUCAUCCCCCUGUCCAAGGUGCUCAUCAUCAUGAUGUCCGUCAUGAUUGGUGCUUUCAACAUUGGCAAUGUUGCGCCAAACGUGCAGGCUUUCACCACCGCCCUCGGAGCCGCUUCCAAGAUCUAUAAUACCAUUGACCGCCAGUCAGCGCUCGAUCCGACCUCUGACGAGGGCGAGAAGCUGGACCACCUGGAAGGAAACAUUCGCCUCGAGAACGUCAAGCAUAUCUACCCGUCCCGGCCGGAAGUUGUGGUCAUGCAGGAUGUGUCCCUGGAAAUUCCUGCGGGCAAGACCACUGCGCUUGUCGGUGCUUCGGGAUCUGGAAAGUCCACCAUCAUUGGCCUCGUCGAGCGCUUCUACAGCCCGGUCAGGGGCGCUGUCUACCUAGACGGCCACGACAUCAGCAAGCUGAAUCUCAGAUGGCUCCGCCAGAACAUCUCCCUUGUGCAGCAGGAGCCUGUCUUGUUCGGCACGACCAUCUUCCACAACAUCAGGCACGGCCUGAUUGGCACCGCGCACGAGAAUGCGAGCGAGGACGAGCAGCGGAAACUUGUCUACGAGGCCGCCAAGAAGGCCAAUGCACACGACUUCGUCUCGGCUCUUCCCGAAGGGUACGAGACCAAUGUCGGCGAGCGUGGCUUCCUCCUUUCCGGAGGUCAAAAGCAGCGCAUUGCUAUCGCCCGUGCCAUCGUGUCUGACCCCAAGAUAUUGCUUCUUGACGAAGCUACGUCCGCUCUCGACACCCGGUCCGAAGGCGUUGUCCAAGCUGCUUUGGAGGUCGCGUCAGCUGGCAGGACGACUAUCACCAUCGCCCACAGACUGAGCACCAUCAAGGACGCACAUAACAUUGUGGUCAUGGCCGAGGGCCGGAUUGUGGAACAGGGUACCCAUGACGACCUGAUUGAACGUAAGGGUGCUUACUAUAAGCUGGUCAGCGCGCAGAGCAUUGCUGCCGUCAACGAGCUCUCUCCAGAAGAGGAAGAGGUCAUGAACGAGAAGGAGGAAGAGCUCGUUCGCAAGGCUUCCGCAGCCAACGAGCCAUCUUUCAUUCCCGAUCCCGACGACAACGUUGCCGACAAGUUGAAGCGUACCGCCACUUCCAAGUCUGCCUCGAGCGUGGCCCUCCAAGGCCGCCACACCGAAGCGACAAAAAAGUAUAGCCUCUGGACGCUGAUCAAGCUCAUUGCCAGCUUCAACAAGCAAGAGUGGAAGUGGAUGCUCGUGGCUCUCUUCUUCUCUGCUAUCUGCGGUGGUGGUAAUCCCACGCAGGCCGUCUUCUUUGCCAAACUCAUCACGACUUUGUCUGUACAGAUCACUCCGGCCAACACCCCGCAGAUCCGGUCCGACGUGUCAUUCUGGUGUCUGAUGUACCUGAUGUUGGCGUUUGUGCAGUUCAUCUCGUUUGCCAUCCAGGGUGUCAUCUUUGCGAAAUGCUCCGAGCGCCUCGUCCAUCGGGUGCGAGACCGCGCUUUCCGAACCAUGCUUCGCCAGGAUGUUGCCUUCUUUGACCACGACGAGAAUACUGCCGGUGCUCUGACCUCGUUCUUGUCCACCGAGACUACGCACGUUGCCGGUCUCAGUGGUGUCACUCUCGGAACCCUCCUGAUGGUCAUCACGACGCUGAUCAGCGCCUUGACUCUGUCCAUUGUCAUCGGGUGGAAGCUGGCUCUUGUCUGCACUGCUACCAUCCCUAUCCUGCUGGGCUGCGGUUUCUUCCGUUUCUGGAUGUUGGCGCACUACCAGCGACGUGCCAAGAGGGCCUACAACACCUCUGCGUCCUAUGCAUCCGAGGCCAUCACUGCUAUCCGCACCGUCGCGUCGCUCACCAGAGAGCACGACGUCUUGCGCCAGUACAAGGAGAGUCUCGAGUCGCAGCAGCGCGCCUCGUUGAUCUCCGUGCUCAAGUCAUCCCUCCUCUAUGCGGCCUCCCAGUCCCUGACGUUCCUCGUGCUCGCCCUCGGCUUCUGGUACGGCGGCAGCCUCCUCGGCAAGGGCGAGUACGACAUGUUCCAGUUCUUCAUCGUCUUCUCGGCCGUCAUCUUUGGCGCGCAGUCGGCCGGCACCGUCUUCUCCUUUGCGCCCGACAUGGGCAAGGCCAAGCAGGCCAGCGAGGAGCUCAAGAUCCUGUUCGACCGCAAGCCGACCAUCGACACGUGGUCCAACGAGGGCGAGAAGGUCGAGGGCGUCGAGGGCCACAUCGAGUUCCGCGACGUGCACUUCCGCUACCCGACGCGGCCGGAGCAGCCCGUGCUGCGCGGGCUCAACCUCAGCGUGCACCCGGGCCAGUACGUCGCGCUCGUGGGCGCCUCGGGCUGCGGCAAGUCGACGACGAUUGCGCUGCUCGAGCGCUUCUACGACCCGCUCGCGGGCGGCGUGCACGUCGACGGCCGCGAGAUCAGCACGCUCAACGUCAACGGGUACCGGCGGCACAUCGCGCUCGUGUCGCAGGAGCCGACGCUCUACAUGGGCACCAUCAAGGAGAACGUCCUGCUCGGCGCGCCCGAGGACGUGUCGGACGAGGCCGUCGAGUUCGCCUGCAAGGAGGCCAACAUCCACGACUUCAUCCUCAGCCUGCCCGAGGGCUUCAACACGGUCGUCGGCAGCAAGGGCACGCUGCUGAGCGGCGGGCAGAAGCAGCGCAUCGCCAUCGCGCGCGCGCUCGUGCGCGACCCCAAGAUUCUGCUUCUGGACGAGGCGACCUCUGCCCUCGACAGCGAGAGCGAAAAGGUGGUGCAGGCGGCGCUCGACAAGGCGGCCAAGGGCCGCACGACCAUCGCCGUGGCGCACCGGCUCAGCACCAUCCAAAAGGCCGACAUCAUCUACGUCUUCGACCAGGGCCGCAUCGUCGAGCAGGGCACGCACUCGGAGCUGAUGAAGAAGAACGGCCGGUACGCCGAGCUGGUCAACCUGCAGAGCCUCGAGAAGCACAGGUGA